UCCAGCGGUGAAAGAAGCUGGGCUCCUGGGUAGCCUCCAAGUCUCCAAAGAGGAGCCGGGCGGUUGUAGACCCGACAUAGUCUGAGCCAGCUAGGAGCUAACGGUUUGGGAAGAAGGAGAGCAGAGAGACUUGUCCGCCCCGUCCGGCCCCGAGACUAAGCCUUUGAGAGGAGGCCCGGGGACACUUGCGUCCAGACGGUCCCCGCGGGCGCCCCUGCCCCGAUCCGGGGGUGUCCAGGAGGGCGGAGAGAUGCGGGUCCGGGGAGCCCUGCGGGCAUCCUGUUGCGGCCAGGGCCCCCCCGGUGGCUAGGGCAGGCGACUGGCCCAUGGAGGGCCCCAGCAGAAUCGGCUUCUCCACGCUGCCCCCCGGCCGCGCAUGGAGAACUUCAAGAAGGUGCGCACGGAGGACGCGGACACGGAGGCUGAGAGCCCCGGGCCCUUCGCCGACCUAGCUCCGGGCGCCGUGGAGAUGAAGGUGAAGGAGGGCAGUAAGAUCCGCAACUUGCUGGGCUUCGCCGCGGCGCGCAUGGAGCAGCCGGCCACUCGCACCAUAGUGUUUAGCGGCUGUGGCCGCGCCGUCACCAAGACCGUCACCUGCGUGGAAAUUCUCAAGCGGCGGCUGGCCGGCCUGCACCAAGUCACCCGGUUGCGCUACCGGAGCUUAAGGGAGGUGUGGGAGAGCCGCCCGCCGCCGCCCGGCUGUCCGGGCCCCAGCCUCAGCGUGCACAAAAAUGUGCCCGCCGUCUCCAUUCUGCUCUCCAAGGACGCCCUGGACCCAGGGCAGCCUGGCUACCAGCCCCCAGAACCCCGGCCCGACGCGCAGACCUGGGCGCCGGCGCUGGCGCCAGCGUCACCUGCUGCCCCCGGACUGAAGAGGGGCCCUGGCUCGCCCGCAGCCGAGGAGAGGGCGAGUAAGAGGCUGCAGGGCCGCGGAAGGCCGGGCGCGGAGGGGGAGGGGAGCUGGGACGGUGCGGGCUGAGAACUCUUUGCUGCGGGAGUCACCCUUCUCCUUAAGCUCAGCAGGGUGGGCAGGCUCCCCUUUCCUCAGACACAGGUUUCUGACUCAACCCUCAUCACUGUCCUUUCUUGGACCAUGCCCCGGAAUGACCCUUCACUGCCAAACGCUUCUCCCCGAAAGGAGAAAAAAAAAGCUCUGCAUUUGGAGUGGACCCCCUUUCCCCUUCGCCGUCCUAAACUCGAUCUUCAGAGUGUUGGAGACCAAUUAGCGGAGCCUCGAAACAGCCGCUGCCAGCCUGUAAGCCUGCCUUUAAUCCCUCUGACUUCGAGCACCAGUCUCGCUGCUCCCCGCCCCCUUCUCUAAUGGACCCCCUGGCAUGUCCUGCAGGAGUGCAUGGAGGAUGCCCUCUUCUGGGAAGGAGACACUCGCUUCCUAUCGGGGAAAGGCGAUAUGGCCUUCAGGUGUGGGUCCUGCCCCGUACCACAGCGCCAUCACUCCUUCAGACCUGGGGGAGGGAGAGGGAGGCCAAGGGCGUUGGUGCAGGAGUGGUUCUUGUGAACGUAGAACAUGAAUUCUGGGGAAUACCGAACAUAGUUGAGGAUAUUUCUUCUGACCCAGGCUGUGUCCCUAUAUGUCUGAUCUCAGGGAUGGACUUCGGGCCACCGAAUUGACACUCCCAACUCCAUCCAAUACUUAAUUCUGUUUCCCCAUACAGUCUCCCUCCUAACUUAGAAAAAUCCAUAGGUCAAUGGGAGAUGAGAUCCUGAAAGGUGCCAAGAGAGAUCUCUUAGUCUGGAUCAGGCUAGUUAAAGGGAGAUAAAGAUAAGGUAGUAGUGGGGUGGGGACUUGGAGAUAAAGACAGAGUAAGGAUACAUAGAUGAAAUCCGAUAGGCCCCCUGACAUAUUGGAGGAGAGAGAGGGACCCAUUCCCCACGUACACUUUUUUUUUAAGUCUGUUUCCAUUGUGAAGAAGUUCUGAGAUCACAUCAUGAGUUUGGGAGGAGAGGAGAGUUCCUUUCAAACCUAGAUUCAGGAUGAGGGGUGGAGGUGGGAGAAGAGAGUGUGUGUGGGUUAGGCAGGGUGAGUAAGGAUUAACUCUAAUGAAGAGCCAUGGGGUGAUGGAAUAGAAGUCUUAGGUGGAAGGCAACGUGUUAUGCAGACUCCCAGGAUCCCAAGCUUUGUCUACCCCCAAAGGAAAAGGUUACCCCCUACCCCAAUAUAUGUCAUGUCAAAGGCAGAGGACAAACCCAGAAGCUAGAUUGGGGGGGGGGGCUCCUUUUCCUGCCUAGCACUGAAGGGUGGAGAGUUAGUGGAAAUCCUUGCUUCAUGUGUCAGGCCCCUGACUGAGCAAUGGGAGAACCACUAAGAGGGAAGGAAGAAGAGGGGAGGGUGGGUAGGCACUUAGAGGAGCUGGGUCCGGAGAAUAAUGUGUGGUUUGGUCAUGGCUGCAGUAACACCUUCAUCUGGGAGCCCCUUCAAUCACCCCAGAGAGACACUGUCAGUGUUAUUAAUGGCAGCUCCAGUGACUUGCGGCUCCAAGCUUCUUUGGAAUAAAACACAUAAACAAGAA